GGAGAUCACAUUCUCGGUGUCUCUGUGACUCCGGCAUCAGUAGUGCCGAGUAUUUUAUUCAGAACAUUGAGACGCAUUCGCGAAGAGACAACCAUCAUUUUUAGCUCCGACCUCCGAAUUACUUCUCUUCAGCUGCCUAUCAAGAGCCUAAUAAUACACCAUGGACAAUGAAUAUGAUCAAACGACAGAAGCGAUGAUGGAUGUUGGAGAGGAUAGUGGGAUCGCAUCCAAUGACUCCAACAGCCCGAGAGAUUCUUUAGCCAGCUUGGCUAGCAUGGGCUCGUCGGCGACUUCAAGAAACGACUCCGCAAUCGGCUCCGUGUCCGAUCGCCGUAGCUCCAAUAGCUCAAACGUCAGUUCGACGUCGGACAGGAGUGACCUAUCCCGUUCAUCUCGUUCGAGCGGUCGCAGCAGUGCUGGCUAUUCUAACAGCGUCUCGUCAAGCCGACGACCGUCUACCUCGAGCGUACAAAGUGACGACAGUGCGACCACGAUUCGUAGUAAUGCGACGGUGACAUCAAGAAAGUCUGAACGGAAUCGGACCCCGACGACCUCGGUGGCCGAUCAUCAGCAGAGCUCUGGACAUGCCACAGGAACCUAUUCGAAAUCGGGUUAUACAAAAGUCGGCACCCACAUCCCAACUACGAACACCCAGCCCACAGCAGAACUAACUCAGAUCCAGGUCGUGGAUUUCGCCGGCAAGACGCACAUCGUGAGGGUCAGACCGACGGACAAGGUCAAAGACCUUAAGGUCAAGGUCCAGGAGAAACUGAAGAUCGCCCCUUCUCAGCAGCGGCUUCAGUUCCAAGGCAAGAUGCUCGAUGAUAAGUCACCUUCUAGUGUAAAAAGUCUGGGACUCCAAAAUUUGAGCACGGUGCAUUUGCAGGGUCGACUGCAGGGAGGAGCCCUGUUUAGUACAGCUUAAGAAGAUGCUGAGACGAAUUUGACACAAGGCGUUGCCAGAGUGGUAUAUCCAGCAGGGAAUAGAGCCGACAUAUCCC